CUGAUGCAGAGCAGAUCUUUCCAGAUCCUUGUAAAAAGAGUAGAUUGAGAUUGGGGGAUCGAGGUAGCUGGCGUGGGAUGACUGGGGCCUAAGACGGGUGCCAGGAACCCUUCUAAACUUCAUAGUCAUUGUGUAACAGCGAACAGUGCCAUCAUCUCAGAUAGUGGUGCCUUUAUUUUUAAGUUUGUCUUAUUAGUAAGUAUUGUAUCAGCACCUUUUUAAAAUCAGAACCAUGGUUCCAAUAAGGUCAGAAUUCAACCCUGUUGUGGGCUGGGGCUGCCUGGAAGAGUUGUGAGUUUUGUAGCUUUGCUUGGUGAAGUAUAAUUGCUGUCCUUUGAUUUCAAUCACCAAGCUGUUUGUUUUUCAUCCUGAUUUCCGUAAUAAUUUCAGAGCUCUGUUGCAGAGUUCCUUUAGUUGGCAGUGCGGUUUUCCAGGCCAGUAGUAACAACAGAAACAGAUUACCAGGGGAGUUGUAUGAUAAGAGUGGCAUUCUUAUUGUAACAUAUAUUCUGAGUUGUUAUUUGCAAAAGGGUCUGUUUCCUCUCUCUGUCUCUCUCAUUCUCCAGCCCAGUUGCAUUAAGAUGGAGGAAUAUGAGAAAUUCUGCAAGAAGCACCUGGCUAGGAUUCAAGGAGAGUUUAUGGAGAAUGGAAUGUCUCCCGUUGCUCAGCACAAAAAUGUUUCCCUUAUUCAGUUUAAUGGGGUUCCUGUGCUUUCUCCUCUGCUGACUCUGGAGAAAAAGAAAGAGCUUCAGCAAGACAGGCAGAAAGCUCUGGAUUUAGAAUGCUGGCGACAGAAUUCCAAGCAAAGGAUUUUGCUGACCCGCGUUGAAGAAAUUGUGGCCAAUGUGCAGAUGAAAAAAAUCUCCAGCCAAAGUGAUUUAGAUCAGUCUGAGAAAGAGAAUAUUCAUUUGGAUUUAGAAUCCAAAGCGUCGAAUGGCUUUGCAACAGAAUCAUGCAAUGUUUUGCCAAAUUCUCCUGCUUUCAGUGAAUGUCUCGAACCCAAACAGACACCAGAUGUUAAGCCAAUAGAUAUGCAGGGGACCUCAGAUGGGGACACUUUUGAAGGAACAGAACAAUUUAUCCCCCAUAACCCAAUGGAAACUUGCAGUAGCCGCUUGGAAAAGAGAAUUGGCCCAGAAGGUACCUUUUCCAGUCUUCCAAGCACAUUUCCUUCAAAUGAGAUGGGGAAGAAAGAUUCCACUGACCCUGUACUAGCUGAGGUGGAAGGUCCAGACCCAUACAUAAUGAGCCUUCAGAACCUCUUAAAAAAAUCCAAGGAGUACAUUCAGAGAGAACAAAUCCGACGCAGCCUUCGGAGCAGCUCGAAGAGGAACAGCAAUGAAAGCCAUCCCGAUAAAGAAAACAGUGCUGUUAAAAUGAACGAGUUGGGGAAAGAGAGAGGAAAAUGUAUGGGCAGAAGUACUCCAGUUCUGACCCCGGAGAAGUCGAACCUUAUUAAACCUAAUUCCUCUCCUCAGAGUUCCUUGGUCUCUAAAAGUAACGCUGGUGGAAUAACCUCAUCCAGUUUUUCUAAAGUAGAUAUACCAAUGAGGUCCGGAACACCUCCUGUUUUGGACUCUGAUUUGGACGAAGACUUCCGAAGCGUCUCUCUCUUUGAGCGGGACAGCAUCUUCCAGAGCCUCACGGGCUCUUACUCGAAACUGCCCAGUCCUGAGCCAAGUAUGAGCCCCAAGAUGCACCGGAGACGCCCCAGGCCCUCUUCAGUAGGGCACAUCGUCAUUACCAACCCUGUGAACGCCUACGAGUUGAGUCCCAAGGGAAAGGGAGGAGCUGCAGACUGGAUUGCUCAGGAUGCCAGCAAAAGGCAGGCGGUCUCCGAUCCUGUGCCAACUCUGUCUGCGGACCUCGUUCCCAUUUGUCCCCGCAAAGCUCAGGCCUUUGGCAAGAGCUCUUCAGAGACCUUCAACAAACGGGUCGUUGGCAAAUGCCAUGACGUGUGCCCGCUUCCGGCCAAUCAACAAGAAAGCAGGAAUUUCCCUGUCCAUCCCAUGAUAGAGGGAGAAUUGAUGUUAGAAAAUGGAAGCGGUUGCCUUUCAGAUCUCAGCCCACAGGAGCUACAGGACGUGAGCUGUCCCCUGCUGACCCAGAACCCAGCCAAGACGGAGAGCCUGCCAGAUAAGGUCAAGUGCAGCAUGCCCACGGAACUUAAUAAAUCUUACGAUGUAGAAAGACCGUCUCCCUUGCUGAUGCAGAUGCAGAGUAAGCCGCUGCUGGAUACCCCAGAAAUGACUCUUGGAAAUGAGCGAAUUUUGGAAAACGGGCUGGAAAAGGUUAGACGUAGGCUUGAGCUGGAGGGGGAUGCAGUGCAGAAGGAGAACAUGCCGUGGGCUGUGUCUACAGAAGCUGCCGCCCCAGAGAGGCAACAGCUGCACGAUCAGCGGUAUCCAGCGGGAGCUGUACUUGACGCCAAGAAUGAAACACCGGCACGAUGUCUCAGAGAAGAGGAGGCCUUAAGGCAGAAGAUGCGGGCCCUCGCAGAGCUGAGGCAGAAACUCGAAGAGCAACAUGCCCAGCAGUUGUCGUUGUUGAUAGCAGAGCAAGAGCGGGAACAAGAGAGGCUGCAGAAGGAGAUAGAAGAGCAGGCACGGAGAUUAAAAGAGGAAAAAAACACUGCAGCUGAAAGUGGGAUUCCCCAAGUGGAUAUUGGCGUGGCUCUGGAGUGGAGAAAGAUCAGUGACGCUCAUUUGUUGGAAUCUGUGCUGACUCGAGUUGAAGCUGUCCAUAGCACCAACUUCGAGAGUGCUGGUUUGGUGAAUGCCGCUGCGCCCGGUUUACCUGCUGGAUCACCGUUCUACCUUUGGGAGCAGCCAGCAAGUGGAAAACCUGCUUCGGUAUCCAGGUGUAUUAGCAGGAGUAAAAUGAGGUGGUCUCAGGUGUACAGUCCUGAGAUGAAAAGGAAAUUGAACAAGAUCUCUGCUCUCGCCAAGGGAUUUCUCACUAGAAGACUCUUACAAACAGAGAAGCUAAAACAUCUCAGGCAAACCGUCCACGAUACAAUGGAAUUCAUCAAAAACUUCCGGUCUGAAGCUCUGUUGAAGAGGGGAAACGUCCCAGCUCAAGAUGCCAAUCUACAAGAAAGAGUGGUAGCUCAGCUGCAGGCAGCACUGUACGAUAUUCACGAUAUUUUCUUCAGAAUGGAAGCAUCGGAAAGAAUGAACCUCUUGCGUCAAGAUCGAGAAAUUCGCAAGGAGAAAAUGCUUCGGCAGCUGGAUAAAGCCAAGUCCCCGAGAGAGAGAGUCACGCUUUCUACAGCCACGCAGAAGUCUCUGGAUAGAAAGAAGUACAUAAGGGCUGCUGAAAUGGGAAUUCCAAAUAAAAAAACAAUUGGGAAGCAAAAGAUCUUCGAAAACAGAGUUCUUCAGCCAAACCAAGGUCAAAAUGCUCCUAUUCAAAGGCUGCUGUCCAGACAAGGAACCCCUAAGACCUCAGUGAAGGGGGCUGAGCAAAAUAGAAAGAAACCCUCAGACAACAGAGUGCCUAACAAGGCCUUUUCAGGAGUAUAUGCAGGAAGAAUCCAAAGAAAGAAGCCAAAUGUUGCAACAACUUAAGAAGGCAACACUCCUUAGGCUAGGAAGCUGCUUAGCAUCAUCCUUCAACGUUCUCCAGAUGUUCCUGCUGGAACGCGGGUUGAUGGGUGGAGCUGACAGGUCUGUGCAUGGUCCUGUUGAUAAGACUUGGAAAAAUGUCCCUGGAAUGGAAAGAUAAUGUCUAUAAGGCAGAGCCCUCCAAAAAGAGCAUUUGUGCGCUGGGUGAUCCUGCUUUUCUUCUUUGCUUACUCCCUCGAGUAGAUGUUUUCAUGGGGAGUUUGUAAAAAACAGCCUGAAUCCAGACUGCAUUUUUAAACUGUGCAACGAAUAACCCUGAAAUGUGACUGCUUUACAUGUUCUGCAUUCCCGCUUCGCUCUGUCAUGCUUUGUGAUUGUUCAAAGCACUUCUGAAAAGGAAAUCUUUGGUCUCAGCUCUCUGGAUUGUCUCCAAAGAUGGCUGCCCUUUUUACUACACAAAGCUUCUCUUGGCCACUUCAGUCCUUUGGAAGCCAGGAGGCUUCAUUUUGGCUUUUGUUGAAUGUAUUUUUCUUUAAGCUUUCAGCAGUGAUGCUCUUAAUUGUAGAAUAUAAAUAUUGUAUUCACCCACCUCCUUUUUCCUGUUAUGACCUUGUUUCUGAGGCUGCUGUGAAAGGUCAUUUAAAAGAUGCUGUAAGGCUUGAUUUUGUAGUAGGCAAACCAGACAUCUCAUCUUUUACAAAUGAGAACAACAAUUAGGUGGGUGGGGGAGCUUGUUUUGGUAAAUAUUUGCCUCAUUUCUCUUUUUAAAUCCAGAUAUCUGGUGGUGUUCUUUAUAAACAAAAUUUGAGUAAUUAAUGGAACAUUGCCAAUAGUGGUUUGGGACAGCUUUUUAGCAUUGUCCAUCUCUUCUCUUUAAAUUUACAACAUAAGAUUAACCAUACUUAAUUUCACAGAAAAGCUAGAUUAACAAAACCAUUUCAGAAUAUGAAUUGUAUUUGUGUAAAUACUGUUUUAGAGGGGGGGAAAAAAACUAAGUGGAUUUCAAGUGUGGUUUUGAAAGAUUGAAUCAAACACCACCAUGUUGGGAAAUAAAUUUGUGUGCUGCUUUUAGUUUAAUAGUGCUUUAUCCUAGUAGCAUAUUAAUUCACAGUUAAUGUCCAAUGUGAAUUUUACAUGUUAAAUUGAUAUUAAUAUUUAGACGCUUCAGAUGUGGUACCACUGAAAUUAUUUCCAUGAAUUGAAGAUUAAGGUUCAGUGAAAAAGCUGGGGGGAAGCUUUAUACAUGAAUACAUUUAUUUAUUCUGACAUGCUUGUAAACUUAUUAUGUGAAUAUAAACUUAUCUUCUAAUGCUUUUAUUACAUUAUUCAGUGUUUUAAAGUCACAUUCUGGGACUAGGGCUGUCUUGAUGCCAAUGUAAAAAAAUGGCAAGGAUUAUUAAUGGAAUGAUAAUCCAAAAUUGCUGGGUUAUCUUAGUUUACUGUAGACAAACAGCAGGUAGGUGAAUAAACAAAUCAGCAAUGUAAAGUUUUAAGCAAUAUCCAGCCCCAGACACUUGAUUUCUCAUCCUGACUAAACCAGGAUGUAUCAGCAAACCCCAACUUGAUUAUGAGGAGCAAAACAAGCAUCUAGUUUGUCCUUUGCACAAAUGCUUUGUAUUUCUGGCUUAUUUUAUAUACUUCAAAGAAGGGAGGACUGAAAUAGGAGUGAACGAACCUUAGAGGCUGGCUCUGCUUUCGCAGUAAAAAUGGGCAAGCCACAAAUUGUGAUGUAACCAAUCAUGGUUUUAAAGAUUGUCCUUGGCUAAUUUGAAUAGCAUAAUGCAAGUGCUUGCCAUGGAAACAAUUUACUGCAUUCUGAAGUGGUUUUCAAUCUAUUUUUCAAUGCUCUUGCCUGACCUGAGCAUUUUCCUUAGAGGUUCAAAAAAUCUGAACCGAUGAUUCACAAGCUUACUUAAGAAUUGUGGACGUAACCUUGCAUGGUAGGCUACAGUUUACAUGUUAUGUCGAUGCUCAAAGUAAUCUAAACUGAUUCUGUGCUGUGGAGUUAGCAAUGUAUGUAAAUAGAAGCAUGUUAUUAAAUACAAGUGAAUGUUUACUUUGUUCAGUAAUUUAAGUAGAACUUUUAUAAAAAACCAAUUCUGUUCUAAAAUAUCAAAUCUUCUAACAGCAUAUGGUCUUCUAUUUGCAAGUGCCAGGAUAACUUUUGUAAUUUAACGUUUCAUAUUUAUUUAUUCUCUUAAUAUUUGGUUGCCUUUUUUUUUAGUUUGAGUGGAAUGCAAUGCCAUGAUAAGCCUUAAUUUUGUAUAUUGGUUUUCACCUGACCUUUUUUAUCUCCUUAAGUAUAUUACACAAUUAAAUUU